AUGCAGGUGGAGGAUGCCGCCGCGGCGCCCCCGAUUGCGCUGAUCCGGUGGUGGUUUGGCAAGACGGAGGAGGAGCGACGUGGGUUUCUGCAGAGCCCGACGACGUCGGCGAAGGCGCGUCAGAACAUUCCGCUGGUUGAGGCCUACGCGCGGCGGCACUGCUACUUUGUCGCCUGUGAGACAAACUUGGAUGUCUGUCCGCUGCCGUCCCUGUCGCCCGUGCUGCAAACAACUUCGCGGCGGCGUGGGUACGGCGUCUGGCUGCCCUGCGCCGCCCACGGCGAGGGGACGUACGGGGGCAGGUACGCCGCGGCUGCCCAGCGAGAGAAGCGGCGCGCGGCGGCGCAUCGCGUCUUUGAGGAAAUAUCCGCACGCACGGCGGUGGCCUUGGGCGACUACGUCCCGCGGCUCGGCCCGGCGGCGCCGGAGGAGGAGGGCCGCCACGGUCGCGCGGCCCGCAUGAUGGUGGCGGCGCUGCUGGAGGCCUCCGUGGCGGCGCUCUACCGUCUUGGCCUCACCGACGCCCUGGAAGCGAUCGAGCAGGCCACGGCGCAGGAUGGGGCGAGCAGCGCGGGGGAACACGAAACAGGCGGCGGCGGCGUUGUGCCGAAGCCUGUUGGGGUGCGCCGGGCGGAGGCGCACAGCUGCCUGGGCGUGUGGAUGCUGCUGCUGGCCGCGCCGGGCGGCAAGCGCCUGCGGGGCGCGGAGGACACCGCUGCUUUGCAGCAGCCCCAGCCCGCACCGCAGCAGCGGCAGUGGCCGCACGACGCGAAGGUGAACUGUUGGCAGCUCCUGCGGGAGCGCAUGGCCCCCGCCUCCGCGGAGGAGCCGGAGCGCGCGGGCACCGCUGCGAAGGAGGACGAGGCGGCGGCGAUGGUUCCCCACUCGGAGCCACGCAUCACGAUUACGCUGGCGGACAUGCGGUUUGGUAUCGCCAAGGCCUUGAAGAAUCGAGGCGGGCGGACGACGUGA